AUGGUUGUGUUAAAAUUUUUGAUAAACUAUAAUGAUAUAAAAAAAAUAUUUAGCUUGUUAGUGGUCAUAGUCGAACUGUCCUAUCAGUCUGUUUCUCUCCUAAUGGAAAUACAUUAGCCUCUGGUAGUGCUGAUUAGUCUAUCCGUCUUUGGGAUGUAAAAACAGGAUAAGAAAUUAACUCCCCUAAUUAAAUCUACAAAGAUAGUUUUGCAUAAUUUAAGAUUCCACUCCAAAAACAGAGCUAUAUUACCGAAUGUACUAUUUAUCUCCUAUCAUAAUUUUAGCUUCCAAUUACAUCACUACCCUCUUAAUAUCUUAAUCCGCUAUAUUCUAAGCAUAAGGAGCACUUGUUCUUAAAGGAGAAUUCAUUAAUCAUCAAGGCACUGAUUUGAGACCUUUAUUGAAAUCCAAAGGUAGUUGCUUUUUGGAAGACCUUAAGUAACAGUGA